GCGGGGCGCGGCGCGGCGCACACCCCGGCACGCGGGGGAAGAUGGUGGCCACGCGGCGAACAGCGCGGCGCGAGCCGGAGCCCGCUGGCCCGGCUGCGGCAGAGCUGGCAUCUACUGAAGUUAGUACUCCAGUUUCUGUGAAAAUGCCCAGGAGAAGAACUAAAGGAAACUCUCAGCCAGAAGCCAUUCAUGAAUCUCAGAAUGAGGGGUUGGAAGAUGCUGAAACAAAAUCAGAUCUUGGUGGUCCCUCUGAGGCACAAACAACUGAGAAUAGAGACAAAAAUAUGCAUUCAACAAAAUCAAGUGCUGAGUCACAGGCUGAUGGAGAUGAAGCAGAAUCAAAUUACUCUGCCAUGUCUGAAGUUGAGACACCUUUAUUUAUAAGGAUAACAAGGAGAAGACAAAUCACAAUUCCUUACCAACCAGAUUCACCAGCCAAAAAUAGGCCUAGCAAGGCAGCUCUUCUGAGUGAAUUAAGUAAAUCUCAGGAUGAAGAUGUCUCUGAAGCUGAGUCAUGUUCUUCAACUGUAUCUGGCAUCUGUACAGCUAGUGCUACAAGAACUACGAGAAGCAGGAAAUGCAAAGCUAAACUCCACCCAGAUCCAGUUUGUGAAGCCCAAGCUGAAGAGGUUUCUGAUGCAGAGUCAUGGUGCUCGGGUCUUUGUGUGGAGCCAUCUGUAACUAGCAGAAGAAUAACUAGAAGUAUGCUAAUUAAAUCACAAGCAGAAACCAUUAGACAAACUGAGAAAAAAGUUAGUGAAGUUGUGCUGGAAGAUGAGACGUUAACUGAGGACAGAAUUAAAUCCCAGCCAGUAGUCAUAUCUGACUGUGAACAUGUCACAAAAUCUGAUUCAGAUACAGAGCAAGCGUCCUCUCUUUCACCUAAUAGAUACGUCACUCAGAGUAAUAAACAACCCAGCCCCUGCAAGACCCAAUGCCAGACUGAAUCUGCCAAUACAAACCCAAGUGAUGACCCAAAACAAGUUUUAAUUGAUUCAACACCCAGCAGUCCUAAAGAAACAGGAAAAAGCUGUACCAUAGCAUCUCCUAAAAAAGAGACAAUAAAGGAGACACACUUGGAAAUUGUAGAGAACUCGGAGGAAAUGUUAGAAAAGGAGAGAGACAUAACUGGAAAAGAAUGUGCUUCUCUUUUUCUAUCUGACCAUGAGAGCCUUGAUGAAUCCUUUAAGUCCCAAAGGCAGACAACCCCAAGUAAAAGAGAUACAAUUCCAGAAUAUCAAAAAGCAGAUAUUGGGGAGGCUACACAGAGAUCUUUCACUCAUGCAGAUGAAUUAAUGGUAGCAGACAAGCCAAGUAGCACAACCACCAGCCCACAAAAGGGCAUACACCUAUCACCAACUGGUGAUGACAGUGAUGGUGACUGCAAAAUGUCUGAUAUCUGUGUAGACAAUGGUGAAGGUCAAGCAGAACUAGUUACUAAAUCCUCACCACCUGUAACCAAAAUAUCAUGUAAUAAAAAGAAAUCUGCUGAGUUGCUCCUGAGCAGUGAUGAGAGUGAUGAAACUGAAAACAGUGAUGUGGAAGAAGUGGGUGAUGUAGGAGAAAAUCUGUAUUUAGCAGAGACCAGAAAUAAGAAGUCAUCCUUGAACAAAUCUUUAGAAAAUGGUUCAUCACAUGGAGAACUGUUUGUAAUUGACACAGAACCUGAUUUGGGCCACAGCAAAAAUUAUUACCUAGAACAGGAAGAAAGAAGGAGCGAUGCAGAAAGUAAAGAUGAAGAAAGGAGGAGCGAUGCAGAAAAUAAGGAUGAAGAAAGUGAAAGAGAUGAGUCCUCAGAUCUGGAAGAUAAUGAGGAGGAGUUCGUAGAUGAAGAUGAAGAUGCAUGUUUAUUGAAAAAUAAAAAGCCUAAUAUUUUACAUCUAUCAAGCAGCAUAGAUCCUGGUCUAAAUAUCAAGAGGCUUGGAGGCUUAUAUAUUAGCUUUGAUGCAGGAAAACAAAAAGCUGGCUCAAGUGCAAUUAAACAGUUAAAGGGGGAAAAGAAAGAAGAGCUCUUGAAGAAGAGUAUAAUAACUCCAGAUUUUGAAAAAAAGGACUGUGUUCCACCAUUCAGGGAGUCAAUCCAUCAGAUAAAGAAACAGCGCAAGGCAGAGCGAGAGAAAACAACAGGUGAUGGCUGGUUUGGUAUGAAAGCUCCAGAAAUGACAAAUGAAUUGAAAAAUGAUCUAAAGGCUCUGAAGAUGAGGGCUUCCGUGGACCCCAAACGUUUUUACAAGAAGAAUGAUAGAGAUGGUCUGCCCAAGUACUUUCAGGUUGGGACUGUGGUUGACACUCCGAUAGACUUCUACCAUGCUCGAAUCCCCAAGAAACAAAGGAAGAGAACCAUUGUUGAAGAGCUGCUUGCAGAUUCUGAGUUUAGGAGAUACAAUAAAAGGAAGUACCAGGAGAUCAUGACUGAAAAGGCAGCUCUUGCAGCAGGCAAGAAGAAUCGGAAGAAGAAGAAAUUUCACAAAUAAGACUAGGAGAAAAUAACAAGAUGAAACUCUCCUUUUUUGUUUUUGUUUUUAAUUAUAAAAUUGGUUUAAGAUUGAAGCUGUCAUACUGACUGAGUUAGGGCAGGGCUGGCCCUGUUUCAGCAAUAGUAUUUUGACAGGGGAGAAGAUGAUUUGAGAAAUGUAAUGGGAUUUUGUUUUGUGGACUGGUAUAGACAUGCAACAGAGACACCAUGAUUCAUUCUUCUUUUAAAAAAAGAAAAGAAAAGAAAAAACAGACAUCCUGUACAAAUAAAUAGUUGAUGGAAAUGGGCAUGUGAAAGAGCUGAGAUUAAAAUACAAUCUUUUUUUUAAUGGAAAAACCUUUGUUAAAAACUGCAAUCCUCAGGUUUUUUUAGUUUUGUGAGAAACUAGAAAACCUGCAGGCACUUGUCACUAAAGACUCCUAGUUACUGAAGGAAUUUAUAAAAACACAUGUAUUCAGCCUACAGUAAUAAUCAGUGAUUUUUUAAAAUCUCAUUGAGCAGUGAUUCAGAUUUACUGAGCAGUGAUACUUCAAAAUCAUAAACUUACACCUGGACUGUAAAAAUAAUAUUUUAUUAUGUGCUAUAAAGGAAAAAUAAGUUGUCCACAAAUGGAGAUGAGUUUUAACAGAUUUCAGGAUGCUUUAUCAGCGUUAUCUUGAAGUGGAUGUUCAUGCACUAUAUUGGUCAAAUUUAAUGUUAACUUAAAAGGUAAAAAUAUAAAUGUCAAGGGAUACUGCCAAAUCUAAGGCCUCAUCACUUUUGUCUACUUCUUGGUCUCUGUAGAGUCUAGCCUCUAUUAUUUAUGAAGCACAUUUUCUAUUGAAAGGAGCCUACACGUCAUCUUUCCCUUGUUACGUUGCUUAAUUAAGUUAGUUGUUCCUUAUCUGUUGCCUCAGUAAGAGGAGUUGCUGGGCUGUUCUUUAGCAGCGGUUAAUGAGAAAUGACUUGUGCGUGGAUAUGGCUCUUGCAUGCUAUUUUAAAAGUAAUUAUUCUUGUUUGGCUUGGUCUCUGGUAGUGGAGUGUUCCACAUCUGAAGACUGAACAUAGCAUGGUGCAGAUUAUCCUCUAGAGUCUACAUACCUAUCUUUUUAAAAUCCACUCUUUUUUUGUUGAGGGUUAUGUAUUUUUACCACUUGUCUGUUCAGCCAUUGAUAGGAAAUGACUCCAUGGGGUCAGUCAGUUUUCUAGUAUACACAGACUACCACAACUGGUAUUAUGGUAAUUGCUAUUCUUGUUGACAGUUUUAGCUGAGAAGCUAAGAACUGAAUGGAUGAGAAAACAGAACUCUCUUCAACCCUAGUGAUAGUCCCUCCAAAUCAAGAUUGAGGGAAACUGGUACAUAGAUGUGGGAAGCUUGCACUGCCCCUGCAGAUUCUCUAGGUGCCAUGCACUUCAGUUCCCCGACCUGUCAGUCCAUCACCUUGCAUAGUCACAUGUAUUUUCAGUAAAUGUUUAGGCUGUCUUUUGAAUGACCCUACAGUAUUUUUGUACUGCUGUUGCAGCUAAUAUAUUAAUUAAUUACUAAUGUUAGGAUAGCGAAUAAUACAGAAAACUUAAUGGUAGAACAGAAGUUGAUGGUAGGAAAUUAUUGGUACUUCAUUCAAUAAUAGUGGGAUUGUAUGGGAUGGACUGUCCAGGAGAGGAAAAGAAAAGAAAAACCGAGGAGAGAUGGUAGAUGUAAAAUGUGUAGAGAUGGCCUUCACGGUCCUAUUUUAUAGCUCCUGACCAAAGGAAAUUUGACUUAAAUAGUGUAGUAAUUUUUUAUUAAGAGAUUGGACAUUUGUGUCUGAAAAUAUCCUGAGCUCUGAGCAGCUAGGAUAGACUCAGAGUUGUCAGCCCUCAUGGCUCGAGCCAUACAGUGAUCACCAACUGAAGUUAGGAAGAAAUUCCCCCAGGCCUCGCUGUCUUGCAUUUACACUUUUUCUAAAGCAAUCCAGCAUUAGUCACUGUUGGAGACAGGCUAGGACCAAGAUUUUCAAAAACAAUUACAGAUUUUUGGGGACCAGCUCAACAACUUAUAGAGGCUUUGCAUUUUGAAACUGCUGAGCUAAAGUGUCAAGUUGGGGACAUACAGAUACCCAUCACUUCUGCAAAUCUUGGCUGAGAUGUAGUUUCUGUUCUACUAUCGUCAUUUCUGUAUUUGUGUAUCAGACCUGUGCAUACAUCAUUGAUGAUAAUGCAAGAACAAGGAAAUAAAACCAGAACUGUGCUCUGUAAGAAAUGUGGAAGCAGAAGAAUAUCAAUAUUGGACAAACAGGAAAGAACAAAAUUGGAAUAAGAAAUGUUUUGAAGUGUUUAAGAGUAUUAUGAACAAUGGUCAUAUGAACUUGUAUACAAUUAUACAGAAUUUUUGUAGCUAUUUUAAAAUUAUUUUAAUUAGAAUAUAUUUUUUGUGCAAAGAGUUUUAGUGACAUUUUAAAAUAAGAGGAAGAUGUGGCAUCUUAAAUUAAAAGCUAACUUAUUGACUAUGUCAUUAUUGAGGCAUAAUAUCAUGCCUGCACUAUUUAUACAAGACUGAUAUAAAAGUAAGAUACUAAGAAAAUGUUAGAAACUGGUUAAAUUUAGAAUUAAAACAUAAGCACAUUGCUGCAUUCUUGAGUUCUAAUUAAAGAAUCCAUUGGUUCUAUUUCAUAUUGUACCAAAAGGAAGCCUAUCAGAAGGCCAAAUCACUGAUAAGCAACACAGAUAUAACAAGCCUAUCGAAAAUAGAUUUAUAAAAACAGUGUGUUUUGAGAAGCUUCAUUUUUGUGUGUAAACAGUGUGUAAUAUGAGUUUGUUUUGUCCUGUGCUGGAAUGACCUGCUCAGAUCUUUCAGUUUGUAAUCAUACUGCUUUCUGUAGGCUGGCCUGAAAACAUAAGCUCUACUAUUGCCAAGAGAGAUUCCUCUUUAGUUCAGGGGGUAGAAACCUGUGAUUUUUGGAGCAGCAGGUGAUGUGGUUCUUUUUUCUGUAUUCAGUAUGCACUUGCUGAUGGCCUAGGUGUCCCUAGACUGCUGCAUAUUCUCUGAUGAAUAUUAAGAGUAGAUUUGUUUUCUUGUACUCCUUGCCAGUCUAUAUCCAUCUUUUGUCUCUUGUCUUAUGCUUAGAUUGUAAGCUCUCUGGGACAGGGACAGCCUUUUUGUCUUUUAUUUGUACAGUGCCUAGUACAAUGGGGUCCUGGUCCAUAACGAGGGCUGCCAAGCACUACAGUAAUACAAAUAAUAAAAUAUAAUGAAACUAUUAGUAAAGAAUCAGAUCAGCAAUGGUACCAUGAUCAACUUGGUACUAUUAAUAUGGUGCCAUUACAAUGCCUUGUAGUGAACAAAAUUAAGACACUGCGACUUUUAUGCAGCUGAUUUCUCAAACUACUUUCUUCACCUUUCCCUGACUGUCCAGUCUUUUUUUUAGUUGCCUUUCUGACCACCAACUCGGUCUUUCCAAAAUGGUCUUUUUCCUCUAAUUCCUCUUCCUUUCCAUAGAGAACACCACUCUGUCCUUCAUGUUAUGUGACUCUCUUCUAACCAUGUAGUGAAUAUUUCACCAAGUUGUCACUUUCUCUUUAAUCCACCCUUUCUCCACUAAAAGACUUUGUCCAUAUGCCGUUCAUCAUUCUUUGAUCACUAUAACCUACUCUCUGGCCUCCCUGCUUUUCAUAUCCUUCUGCUUUUCAGUUGGUUAAAAAUUCUGCACCUAAUGUAGUCUUCUGCUUUCUCUCUCCAGCCAUGUCACUUUUCUUCUUGAAUUCCUCUAUUGGUUUUGUCUCUUACUGCAUCAUGUUCAAAUUUCUUGUCACCUAAAAAGAGUCUUUUUGCUCUUUUUCUCCACUCUUAGCUGGGUGCCUUCUAUCAUACUUGCCCCCUGUCCCCGGAGAGCUUUCCCUAUCCUUAUCUGCCCACGCUCCCCUCUUCAAGUAAUCCUCCUUUUCGUCUCAUUCAGAAAUCCAGCUUAUUCCCUCUUGAACUCAUUUAUAGUGUAAGCUCUUUGGGGUAGCUUAUCUAGCUUUGUAAAAUACUGUGUACCUUCACAACAUUAUUGUAGAAAUGAUUUGUAAUAUAAGAAAAGGUCCCUGCAAUGUAAAUUCCAUAAAUGAUAGCACUAGAGCAUGGUGAGUAUAAGGAUAGGGACAUGGUGGAGGAGAAACAGUAAACAAUGGGAAGGAAAUACAUCUGUUGGGUAAGUGAAGCAUUUACAUAGAAAACAGAUUCCAUAAAAAGAACAGGAGUACUUGUGGCACCUUAGAGACUAACAAAUUUAUUUCAGCAUGAGCUUUUGUGAGCUACAGCUCACUUCUUCGGAUGCAUAGAAUGGAACACAGACAGGAGAUAUUUAUACAUACAGAGAACAUGAAAAGGUGUUUCACUUUUUUUGUAAUGGGUAAGAGUCAGAGCUGAGAUAAAUGGUGGAAACAAAAGCAAAAUGUGAGUUCUCAGAAGAGAUUUGAAGCUGCAUAAGUCAGCUGGCACAAAGGAGAGGGGAAACUGUCUCAGACAAAAUUAAUUCACUGCUGUGAAUAUGGUGCUUGGAUUAAUGUCUCCUGCUUUGAAAGAAAUGUCUCUGUCACCACCACAUUUAUGUGGUGGAGGACCAUUAUGCUGUGCCAGUAUUGCAUUUUAUGUUAGUAGCCACAUGUGUUUUAUUGUAAGUUUGUUGUGCCCUCUUCUUCUCCCUUAGUGACUUUUUUUUUAAAUCUGACAGACAAAUGGCAUGAUUAUAAUUAAAGCAAUGAGAAGGCGAUGGAGCUGUAAGAGAUUAUGCAAGAUGGAAAAGACUUAAUGCACAUGACUAAAAGUCAGAGGAUUUGAAAUUUGAAGAUUUUUUUUGCUAGUGUUUAAUUUGUGGUGUUAAAAUAGGGCUUCCUCUGUCUUGCUGGGUUUAAAGAUGAUUUAAAUGCUUUUUUAAUCACUUCUGUCUCAUUUUUGAAGGUGCAUUUUUUAGAGGGAAAACAAUAACGUAACAGGCCAAAUUCAACACUAACUUCAUGCCAUCAAUGAUGAAUUUGACUUACUUUUAAAUAAACUUGUUUGAAAUUUUUUUUCCUCAAA